AUGGUGUUUAUGGCUGCUCCCGCUGCACCUCCAAGUGCGUCUUCUGUGCGAUCUGCACAUAUUGUUGAUGCUGAGCGUCAAACCUGCACUAGACAACCUUCUGUUUUUCUUCCUCAUGUCUUCAAUUUAAAUUACAACAGCAAAAGGGCAUCAAUACGCUCUCAUGGGAGCAGCACAUCUGAGCCUCUUCGCUUUCGAUUGCUCUCCCUACUUGGGGUUGUGCUGGGUGCCUUGUUGUUUGCUGCCUGCCAGUCGGCAUCUGCUGCAGUUGUCGAUGCAGAGGAAGAUAUUCAAAUUUUUGAAGAUUCUUUUACUCCCACUUUGGAGCACUCAAGCAGCGUUGACGUGCUGACUUCCCCGGGCACAUACACCGUCCCUGCUGAGGAGAGGGCUCAGAAUGAUAUUCGCCAAGCAUUGCUGGAGCAGCAGCUCUCUAACCAUCUACGUGCUGCUGAGCUCGCCCGUAUUCAGAAGCAGCAUUCUCCCUCCAUCUCCAGGACCUAUGAAACAGCAGCAACGGUAGCAACAGUUACCACGACAGCAACUGCAUUCGCCACAGCACCACCACCGCCCCCCAUUGCAACCAUACCAGCAGCGCCUCAAUACCAGCGGUGGCCCGCUGAAUUAGAAGACAGGCAAAUAGACAGAAUCAGCAUCUCUGACAGCCACGAGGACCGCAUCUACAGCGGGCCUGCUGCAGCGCUGCCUGCUGCAGCACAGCCUGCUGCAGCAUAUUCUGCUCCAGCUCAGCCUGCUGCAGCAUAUUCUGCUCCAGCUCAGCCUGCCGCAGCAUAUUCCGCUCCAGCUCAGCCUGCCGCAGCAUAUUCCGCUCCAGUUCAGUCUGCCGCAGCAUAUUCUCCUGCAGCACAGCCUGCUGCAGCAUUUGCUGCUGCACCUCAGCCUGCUGCAGCAUUUGCUGCUGCACCUCAGCCUGCUGCAGCAUUUGCUGCUGCACCCCAGCCUGCUACAGCACUUCCUGUUGCAGCAGCACCGGCUGUUGCUGCUGCCUCUCCAGCCUCUGCUGCUCCAGAUCCUGCUCCUGCCGUGGACCCCGAUUUUCAAAUGCAGGCCCUGCAAGACGCCUUUGAGGCUCACCUGGAGGAGCAGCUGGCAGCAGCACGCUUAGAAGGGGCGCGUCUGGAGCGUGAGCGGCUAAAGCAAGAGUUGGCUCGAUGGGAUCGAUCCCAGGAUCGGGAUAGGGAGAAUGGGGUGCCACAGGAGAGGAUGGAGAGGCAGGUCCACCCCCCACAAUUUGUUAUUCAGCCCUUACCAGGCAGCAGAUACAGCAGCAGCAGCAGCAGCAACGGCAACGACAGCAGCAAUAUUAGCAGCAGAGUGCCAGCUCGUGAAGUGACAAGGCCUCCGGUGAUCGCAUCAAGGCACCCGUAUACGGUGGCGAGUGCGCAGCCACAGAACAGGACACCGCAGCAGCAGCAGUCGAGGCUUGCAGGGCCACUACAGAGACGAGAUAGCAGCAGCAGCAGCAGCAACAACGUGCAGCGAGAAGGGGAGGCGCUGGGGAGAGUACGGAGAGAAAGAGAAGAGUCGCACGACAGCGACAAAAAGCCGCAGGAGACGCUUGACAGAGAAAUGAUGCUGCUGCAGCUGCAGCAGCUUCAACAGCAACAGCAACAGCAGCAGCAGCAACUGCAGGAACAGCUGCAGCAACAGCAGCAGCAGCAGCAGCAGAUGCGACAACAAGCACAGGAUGCUGAUAGGACCCAAAGACUGCGAACAGCCAGCGAAAGGGCGCGGAGGGACGACGAAGAGCAAGCGUUGAGGGACAGACAAAACUACCAGCAACAGCAGCAGGAGCAGCAGCUGCAGCAACAGCAACAGCAGCAGCAACAGCAGCAGCAACAACUGCAGCAACAGCAACAGCUGCAGCAACAGCAGCAGCAGCAACAGCUGCAGCAACAGCAGCAACAGCUGCAGCAACAGCAGCAACAGCAACAGCAGCAGCAGCAGCAGAAUGCGGGGCUGCCCGAACAAGAAAGGGCGCAGCGAGUGUACACUACUCAGCAACAGCAAACCGCAGACAAUGUUGCGACCACAGAACAAACCCGCGGCCCUCUGCGUCGCGAUGCAGUCAGACCAAACACCCCGACAUCCAGUAGCUACAGCAGCAGCAACAACAGCAACAACAGCAGCAGCACCAAUGCAGGAACUACUGAGUCUAUCGCAGACCGCGUCUCCCGACUGAAAAGCUACGGGCAAUCACAACCACAGCCACAGUCGCAGCAGCAGCAGCAGCAGCAACCGCUGCAGAGGGCCGUUGUGCGAGAAGAAGUUGACAGAAGGGAGGCAGUGCAGCGGACGCAGCAGCAACCAACGGAACAGGACAGCAACCUCGCGGAGAAGAUUGACAGCUUGAUGCAGUCUCUACAGACGAUGCUCCCUCAUCUCCGCAGCAUAGAACGAAGCAGAGACGGAGACAGCAGCACCAUGCAGCAGGAGACAGAAACACCUUCAGGGAGGAGAGCCACUUUAAGUUCAUCGCUGGAAAGAGAACAAACAGCAGAUGUAUUCAGGGACACCCUUCCGCGCAGCAGCAGCAACAGCAGCAGCAGCAGCAGCCAGUUUCUGCCUGCUGCGGCCUCGCCACCUUCGCCUGUUUCGCGGUCAAGAGCUUCCUCUGGAGGAUCAUCUGGUUCUGCUUCUCCAGAAGCAGCAGUAGCAGCAGCAGCAGCAGCUGCUGCUGCUGCUGCAGCUGCUGCAUCUGCUGCUGCUAGGGGCGUCAUCCCCCCCUCUUCUGUGCUCACGUCAAUCGCUCCUUCCGUCAGCAGCAUUCCGCUGCAUACUGGAGGCUUCAAUUUAAGAAACUACCGCAACAACAAUUUGAAUAUGUCUGGGUCUCUAGACACUGCUGCUAGCCGGAUGCUGAACACUAGAGCAGCAGCAGCAGCAACACAGGGAGCUGGUCCUGCAGGAGAAGAAGAAACAAGCGAAGAAGAAGAGCAGCAAAGCUACGCGGAGGGGAUGUCAAACGUAGAGACAGCAGCAACACAAGUGCAGCAGCAAGAAGAUGGAGCAAAAGAAGAGACAAUCGUUGCUGCCCUUCCAAACAACAACAGCGGCAGCAGCGGCAACAGCAGCAGCAGCAGCGACAAGAGCAGCAACAACAUGGAAGCUCCCCCAGCAUAUGGAGAAAGGGAAGCAGAAACAGGUGGAGAGAAGCUGCUGCACCCUGCCGACGACAGAGCAGCGGCACCACCUGCCACGGAGCAGCAGCAGCGGCAACAGGAAGAAGAGCAGCAACAAAAUGAACAGCAGCAACAGCAACAGCAGAGUGGGGGGCUCGUGGGUCGUCAGUUGGCAGCUGCGGAUAGCGUAGAAGCUGAAGCUGCAGCACAGCAAGAAACGAAAGAAAAAGAAGAGGACUGCGAGGGUGAUUUGUCUGCUUUGAUUGAGGAGAAAACUAUACACAGUAAUGAACAAGAUACAGCAGCAGUUACGGCUCUCUUGCUGCACCUUAAACGCACCGCUGAACUCUUACAAACCGCCAAACAAAAGCAACAGCGGCUUCAGCAGAGGCGUUUCUCAGCAGCAGCUGCUGCUGCACGCCUUGCAGUAAAGACAGCAGCAGCAGCAAACGCUGCAGCAACAGCAGCAGCAGCAGCAGAGGCUGCGAAGGAAUUGGCAGCAAGCAAUAAUGGUGGUGAUGGUAGCAGCCAGCAGCAGGAGUGGCAACAGCUGCAAGAGCAGCAGCAGGAGGAGGAGCAAGGAUUGGGCAGCAGCAGCGCUUCGAUGCGUUCUCUUGCCGGGCUGCGGAAGCGUACACGAUAUCACCAGCAGCAGCAGCAAGGGGAAAACAGCAGCACCACUUUCUCUGGAGAUGAUGAUGAUUCUUUAUCAAGACCAAGGGAGUUUCCUGUUGUAGAAUUAGUUACAUCUUCGUCUCGGCCUCCACCUCCAGGGCCCCCAACACCCUGGAUCGGUGCAGCAAGACGCAGCAACAACAACAGCAGCAGCACAGCGGGGCAGCAUGGGCUUGAAGACGGAGCUAACUACCCUAAUACACCUUAUAGAACAUAUAUGUAUUACCCUAAUCCUUUCAGCAGUACAUACAGCACUCAUUCUUAUAGAGAAGACUACGGCACAACCUACAACAAUUUAUACUACCAUGAUGCUUCUCCUAAAAAGAUAUUGUCUUGGAAGGAAUAUAUGCGAAGAAAAGAAGAAAAACGAGCACAAGAUCAGAGAUCAAGAGAAGAAGAGAAUGAGCCUAAGGUCGGUGUGCUGCAGCUUGGACCUGCUGCUGAGCAGCAGCAAAUCGGCAUCAUCGAUACAGAACGCAACAGAACCUACACGCGUUCAUAUCCGUCUUCUUCUCAACGGUAUCCAUACAGCAGCAGCAGCAGAAGCAGAAGCAGCAGUAGCAGCAGCAGCAGCAGCAGCAGCAGCAGCAGCAGUAGCCCUAUUAGUAGUACUAGUAGCAGCAGGGCCUCUCAAACCACCAGGUGGCCCUCCACGUUGCAAAGCAGCAGCAGCAGCAGCAGCGGCGGCGGCAGCACAAGCAGAAGCAUCAGCAGCGGCGGCAGCACAAGCAGCAGCAGCAUCAGCAGCAGCGGCAGUAGUAGCAGCAUCGGAAGCGGCAGCAGCAGGACAGCAACCACGUGGGUGCCCUCUGCCUCAUCACAGAGCAGCAGAAGCAGCAGAAGCAGCAGCAGCAGACCUCGAGUCUCCUCCUCAGUAGUAACCAGUUACUAA